AUGUCACCCCCAACAUGGUCUCCUUCGCCGGCUUGGAGAGCACCAGCAGCAGCAACGGCAACCAGAAGCCGCAGCAACAGCAGAUGUGGGAUUGGGAGCCCACCGCCGCACAGACCCACCACGCCGCCGAUCUUCACCACCAACCUCCUCUCUUCACCGCCUCGCCCGUCAACAGCAGCCCAUACAGUUUCCCGCCCAUGGGGAUCGGUAGCGGCGGCGGGUAUCCCUUCCACUCCAUAGUGGCAGAAGACUACCCGGCGGCGCUCAUCAAGAACGAGGACGAUAGGGGCGUGGGCCAGAUUGGGCUUAACCUUGGCCGGCGGACUUACUUCCCUUCUGGGGAGGCCGCCGCCAUCGAGCAGCUCUUCCGGCGAUCGAGAGGGAUCUACCAGGUGGGCCAGCAGGCGACGCGGUGCCAGGCGGAGGGGUGCAAGGCCGACCUCUCGGUCGCGAAGCACUACCACCGGCGGCACAAGGUAUGCGAGCUCCACUCCAAGGCCACAGUGGUGGUCGCCGGCGGGAUGCAGCAGCGUUUCUGCCAGCAAUGCAGCAGGUGGGUUUCUCUCUUUCCGAGUAAAAAAAAAAAAAACUUGAUAACAGAGAUCGCCGUUUGAAGCGCGACCCACACAUGCUUUCCUCUUCUUCGUCAAUUUCUUCCUCUUCAGAGAGCUCACUUCCGGGCCUUUCUUCAGAGAAAGGAUCCUCGUUUUCUCUCUGAGGUUGAUUUCAUCUGCCUCUUUGAUAAUGGGCGUGGUAGAUAUUCGGGAAUGGACUUGGGUCGCUGAGGAGGAGCGUAUCUUGAACUGGGGUGUGUUUCAUUUCUUGAGAGGCUCCACUGCUUCCAAGGAUGUGAGGUCGAUGUCUCUGGUCCGCAAGCUGUUUAGGGUUAGAGAGUCCCCUCCCAUCUCCCUCGAUUUCUCCUCGGAUGACGGCGUUUGGAGGAAAUUUGAAUUGACCCCGUUGGCCUGUGGUUAAGCAUUCUGGUUUCACGGCUCAAUCUCUCACCGCCGCAGUGAAGCCGGAAGGGCUUGAAUCGACCCUGCAAAUAUAUCUUCUCGCCCAAUGUAGAUGAUAACACUGCCAUUGAUUUCCUCUUUGAUAUUGGUUUCUGCUGUCGCUUUUUGGAUCCUUCUGAACGAUGGUGUAACUGCCACUGCCGUUCAUACAUUGUCUCUGUUGCACUGUCCCCCGACAACUCUCUUUUUCUUCUCUCUCUUCUUUCUUCUCUGCUCUCCUUCUCCCUCUCUCUCCGUCUUCCUUUCUGCCCUCUCUUGAUUAUGGGUUAAUGAAAAUGGAGAGAACCGCGGCCUUUCCUCACUAUCUCACGGUCGUCGGCGUCUUGUUUGUCAGAUUUCACCCGCUGUCGGAGUUCGACGAGGCCAAGCGGAGCUGUAGGAAGCGCCUGGCCGAGCACAACCGCCGGAGAAGGAAGUCGCAGUCUUCUCCGACGAUGUCUACAGCAGGAAGCGAUCGAUCCAACCCGACGGACAGCUCCGUCAGCUCCAUGGACAGGAGCAGGCUUCCCUCCAGUAACCCGACGAGGAACGACGGUGGGUUUCUCUCUCCUGUUGCUAUGCGUUGUCAAGGUUUCAUCUUUCCGUGCCUUCCCGUCUCCUCAACGUCUCUCUUGAUUUAGUCCUCUCUCGCCGACGCAUGUUCUACAAUUUUUUCAGUCUUUCUAUAUUUCCUCUCUCUCUCUCUCUCUCUCUCUCUCUCUCUCUCUUAAGUGCAACAAUUUCCUAGUUUUUCUUUCGCUCUCUCUCGCUAAACGGGCUCUUCUCGGACUUCUGUGUGGGCAGCGGCGGCAGCUAAGCACCUUAUUCCCCGACCUGCGACCAGCGCCAGUACGAUCUCCGGCAUCAGUCAGAAUAACGCAAGCUUAGAUAACCACAAGACGGCAGCCCAUUUGUGGAACGGUCCGUCUCUCUCUCUCGGAGGAGGCGGCAGCGCUGCGGCAGUAUCGGAGAAAGGCUCCGGCUUCGGCUUCCUCUCCCACUAUUCCCCUCAGAUGCCCUCCUGGGUCUUUGUCUCAGAUGACAACAACAACACCAGCGGCAGUCAGCCCUCAUCUUCUUCCUCCUCCAGCCUCUUCCUCCAUUCGCCGGCUCUCUUCUGCAACACGCCCACGGAGGCCUCUCAGUCCGUCUCAACGCUCGCCGAGACGAACCUUCUCCAGCUCGGCCAGGGACUGCUCGAGGUGGACUUCAUCUGAACCCUCCCCUCCUCCCACGCUCACACGGCCGCCGCCGGAGACUGCUCACAUCUACUUUCCUCUUUCCUCGUUAUCACAUCGCCGGCAAUAAUGGUGGGGGCUUGAACUGUUCCAGUGCCUCCUAAUGGCGGCGGCUUCUCCUUGGUUUUGAAGUGGUUUCUUCCCCCCCCCCCAUCCUUGUUCUUCCCUUCUCAUCGGUCUCCUCUCUGCAUGAGAUAACAGAGCCUUCCUUGCCCUCACCAGGAAAGCCCACGGAACGAAAGAUGUUGCAUUCAAUGAACUGAUAGAGAGAGAGAUAGGUAGAGCGAUAGAGAGAGAGAAACGGAGCAGUUGGAUGUCGAUGGCCUGCGGUACGGAACAUCAAAAUCAUGUGGGGCUUGCCGAGCCUCUGACAUUGGGGAGGAGAGGAGAAGGGCGGCCUUUCAGGCACCGCAGGCCUACGGAAAGUGUCGGAGACGACGAGCACGCCCGCGGUGUGUGUAUGAUGCACCGCCGGGCCGACGGAGCACCGCACCCGUGGAGCAACCCGGUGCACAAAAUCCGCUGCGUUCCCCGCGGUUUCCUGGGGUUCCGCGGGUGCAUCGUACCGCACAGCUUUAAUGUACGAUGGGAAUAUAUAUUAUCCAGGAACAUAGGAAAAGCGGCCAAUAAAAGAGCCUUCCUCAACACAGCCGCCCCCCUGGGGCGCGGUCUGCUGUACCCGCGGGCCUCCCUAAGCGUUGUCUACCCACCCGUUUCACGAUUUUUCUACCGUUACGUUAUAUUUCCUCACACGAUUGUUUGGUCAAUCCGUAAUAGUCGGUUUCGUCUCUCUCCGUGUCGUCAACGCUCUUUGACCUUGCUGGUUCUCAUUGGGCCCAUUGGGGCCAGAAGAGGCUGAUGGAGGCGGCCCAACAGCGCCCAUCGAAGGCGAAGGAUACCCGUAAAAGGCUGCGCCAGCGGUGUCCAAGAACAGAAGAUGGGCGGCGGAAAUCCCCGGCGACAACUGCGAGCUGGGGGAGGCGAGGGUCAACGCUAAUUUACAGUACCUCUCCAGGGGGGUGGGACGGCGCCUUUACUGCAAAAUUAGGAGAGGAUGACGAUGGCGGCGGCGCUAGAAGUCGUCGUCCUCGUCGUCUCUGCGCCGCCGGGUGAAGUUCCUAAAGACGGUAGCGACGGCCCCCAGAACCAGGAACGUAACAAAAAAGUCAAACCCUCCUCCGACCCCGAUGGCGACGCUCGGCCCGGGCGAGAAGAAGGUGAACGGCGACCAGCCCCACCCGCCGUAGUACGGCGAGCCGUAGCCGUACCUUCCGAUGAGCGGCGGCGCCACCGGCGGGUUGACGUAGAUGUUGGUCCUACACAAGAUGCAAUCGGCUCAAUCCCACAGUCGCCGGAGAAAUCGCUGGCUCAAUGAAAGCAUGAGAUUGAGGGCGGCGGCGUUCCACCUUGAAUUGUUGAUCCUGGGGCCGGAGGAACGGGGCGCCGACGGGCGGAAGGCCUGCCCCCCAAUUCUGCCUCCGGAUUUGGCGGCGGCGGCGUCGCCGACGGAGCUGAGAGUCAGGAUGCCGGCGGCGGCGGCGACGAGGGCCAGCUUCGCCAGCCGCAGCUUGAAUGCUCUGGUGGUGCGUCACAGCAUUAGACCAGGGUAAGCCAUUACCGGACCAGAAGAAGAACGGAGGCCGCGUCGGAGGUGGGGGGAGGGAGAGAAAACCAUACCUUGGGUGAUCGGCGUCCUUCUCCAUGGUCGCCCGGCAGCCGAACAGCGGCGGCGGCUUUAGCACCCUGCGCCGCGGCUGGGCGCAGCCGAGGGGGAUGCUGGUCAGGAAGCUCUGCUGGGAGAAGGCCAGGGCCAUGGCGCUCGCACUCUCUCUCUCUCUCUCUCGCUUUCUCUCUUCCUUGGGGUCAAGAAUACCCCACCGUAGUGUAGAUUUUUGAGGGCCGGCGUUGAGGAGGAGACGCUUCCACGAUUCAGUAAACGAGAGGCUGGAAGAGGCUGGGCGCCGCAGGGCGAGAUCUUUUUUCCACCGCAAGACAAACAAAUAAUAAAGUCAAACAAAAAUAUUUAUUUCGUCUCUCUCGAUCCGUCGCAACGCUCAAAACCAUAUUUUUAUCAGAGACAAUAAUAAUAUAAGAUAUUUUUCCUGCUGUAUAAUUUCCCGGAAUAUUAUUCUUAGAAAUAAAAAUAAUUAAUUAUUAACGCCUAUAUUUACGAGAGUGAAUAUUAUCUCCUGUGAGUGGUAGAUCAUUAAUUCGUGUUUUAUUCAUCAUUUUUUCAUAAAGAAUAUUCAACAUUUUUGCUCAGUAUUAUAUCUUAUUAUUUAUUUGGAAAAUUUGGAAAAAAAGACUAUUUUGAUUCCAAGUCCUCGUAAAUUAUAUCAAUCUCAAAAAAACAAUCUGAAAAGAUAAACAAAAUCGACUUCCUCAGCCGUUGGAUCGAGAAACUCUGCGUUAGGGUUAGGGUUAGGGUUCCCCACGGGAAAAACAACAGAAAUUCUGUAUUUAUCUAUAUAUAUAUAUAUACUUUGAAUGAAUGUUCCAAGACAAGGUAUGGUUCUUGAGCUGUUCUUCUGCCAACCGAUGAACCUGCAACUGUUUUAAUGACUCUCUGUGAACGACGACCACGACGACGACGACGACCACGACGACGACCACGACUCUGUGUUGUUAUUUACAGGCAGUGUGCUAUUUACAAGGAGGGCCAGCUCUCUCUCUCUCUCUCUCUCUUUCUUUCUCUCUCUAUCAGGAAGGGCACGCGGAAGACUUGCAGAUUGGGCACCAAUUCUUCUGCCGGAGCCACUGAUGGACGCAGCCCACGUGGUAGAAGUGACCGCAGUGAAGCUUGCCGAUUUCAUCACCCGCGAGGUACUCUUCCUGAAGUCAACCAAGGCAACGGAGACACCAGGGUCAAUGAUUGUGAGAUCACCUGAAACGCCAGCUGGUCUUAUUUCUGAAAUCCAGCGACGAAGUCAACCCGUUGAUAUAACCAAAAGUAUUUAACACACGAUCGGACCGGAUAAUCCCAACGUGGGACAUAUUCUCAGACGCGUAGAGAAUUUAGUACCAAUGUCAUAAAAACCGGUUGACUUUUGGAAGGUUGGCCGGGUCAAACUGUGUUCUUCCAAAGAAACGUAUGGUGAUUCUGGAAACCCGCAACAUAAUCAAAUGGCCAUAUAUGUGGAGGGGUAUUCCCACAUGUCCAACACCGUGACUUGCGAUGUGGGACUACUUCGGACUAUCGGAAAGAGAUUUGGGGACGCGCUCCGGCGGUCAUCCAGUUGGGCGAGUUGACCUCUCAAAAGUCAACUCCAUCCACUGUCUUUCGCCAAUAAAACUGCGUCUUUCUAUGUUCGAAGAGCUAGCCGGAGCGAAAAUCAAUGGAUGAUAUCACGAGAUAAAUCCGAUGCGGGCCCAAUCUAGGGGAGAGAAAUGUAGGCAGGGAUGUGUGGCGGCGGUCAUCCAGUGGGCGUGAGCUGACCACCGGAAGAGGACGGUUGACCAAGGGUUGAAAGAUACCUGGCAGACGCUACAUUUCACGUCGUCGCCGCCGCCGCAUGAGGCGUCGGAGGUCGAUGGAAGCCCGUAGAUGCUCCUCUGGAGGCACCUCGCCAGCGCUUCCUCGGUCAGCGCUGUGCUGACGGUGCCCAUCUCCUCCUCGAGAGCCAGCAGCUCCUGUUUCACGAAGAAGAUCCCAAGCUCUUGAAUAAUCCCUCCGAUUUUAUUUAUUUUUAAUUUUCUGAAGUGUAAAAAGCCUAUUUUUAUUCGAUCGAUGGAUGAAUGGAUGUGUGCGGAUCGAUCGUUUGAGAACCUCGUAGGACAUGUCGUCGAUGUCAAGCCUCAGCUCUCGAUGCUGGUCCCGGAAGCUGACGCCGGCCAAGAGCAGGUUUGCCUCGAGAGCCAUCAGCUGCUGUUGAUCGUGGGAGGAUCUCCAGAGUCAACGGGUGAAGGAUGCGGAUAAAAGAGGAGGCUUUUCCAAAAAUGGAGAUAGAGCGAACCUCGUAAGUCAAUUCCUCGUCCUGCUCGAUCCUCUCCAGGGCCAGCAACAUCUGGGGCAUUGGAAAAAACAAUAGUUUAUUUCUCAAAUAAUGAACUGUUAAAAGCGGUGUUGAAGGAAGAUCGGGUUAGAGAGAGAGAGAGAGAGAGAGAGAGAGAGAGAGAGAGAGAGAGAGAGAGAACCUCUGCUAUUCCUUCCAUGUUGAUGCGGUGGCCGUAGAGCUCUGUUCCUUCCCACGAGAGGGGGAAAACUCUGAAUCUGCUGGGUUCAGACAAUGCUGCUGGUCUACCGCGAGGCGCCCUGGUGCUGCUGGUCGGCGCAGAUCGAGAAGAAGAGGAGGAGGAAGAAGAGGAAGAAGAAGAAGAAAAAGAAGGGGAAGGAUAGCUCCCGUAAGUAGGGGCGCGAUCCGAAGGGAGGGGCUGCGAGGAGCUCGAGCUGGCGUCGUCGUAGAGAGAGAACUGGGCCCGAGACGGCCGCGGAGCCCUCAGCUGCGGCUGUGAGAAGGAAUCAGAGCUGGGGUUCUCCGACAGCCUCAGCCUGCUGCUGCUGCUGCUGCUGAUUCUCCGGGCGGCGCUGCCGGCGGAGACGGAGGCGCCGCCGGGGAGCUGGCUUCUGGGCCUGCGCGAGACUGGUUGGGGCGACGGGCCCUUCCGAGAGCUCCUCUCCGAAGCCGGACCUCCUCCAUUUAAGGCGUUGCCGUCUCUCUUGAGGGGGCAAGGGGCGUUCCUGGCCGCCGCAGAAUGCUUCUGCGAAGAUGGACUCGCCGGAGCGGCCUGCUUUCCCGGCGGCCCUGGUCGAGCUCUCCAGCUCCCCGCCGCCUGGGUUCUCGAAAUCGCUGUCGAGGGCUCCUCCGGCUGCCGCCGUCUGAUGCGGCUCUCGGGGACGGCGCUGCUCGAGGAGCCGGAGGCCAUCAUUCUGCUGCUGGUGGAGAGGAAAGCCGGCUUCGAAAGCUUGAGCUUCUCCGGGUUGCCGCUCCGGGAAGGUCCGAUGGAGUUCUCUCUGCUGCUGCUGCCGCCGCCGCAUCCCCGGCGAACGCAGGAUUGGGAGCUCCGGUCGCCGUGAUUCUCCCUCAGAGGGAGGGUGGAGCCCCUCCUGAGUCCACGCUCUGCUCCCCCUGCGACCCUCUUGGUGGGGCACUCAUCCAUGGGAGCCUCGCAAGAUGGUCGCCUCUGUGUUCCUGAAAGGGAUUCUCAGAGUUUUCAACUUUUAUGAACACGAGAGGAUCACAUGGAGAAUCAAUCGAAGGUUUUCGAAUGAUCAAAAGCAUGUGUGAAAGAUUAUUGUAGAGUCCUUUUGAGAUUCUGUCUGGGGUUUAGAUUUGAUGAAUACGGAGUGCCCAAUCACCCCUCCAUGCCGGGGGGGCUCCUCCAGGACAGCUGGAGAACGAAUCAACAGGCAGAAGAAGAAGAAGAAGGGGAAGAAGAUUUGACGAACUCACGUCAGAGAUUCGACACAGUCUUUGGCUCCAGGGCGAGGAGAUAAUCUGGGAAAAGAGAGCCCCUUCUCGAAUCGCGAAUUGCAGAAGAUUUCUACACGAGGGAGGGGGAGGAGAGGGUUAUCCGUGUGAAGAGGAGGAUAAGAAGGGGGAGAGAGAGAGAGAGAGCGACAGAGAGAGCGAUAGAGCGAGAGAGAGAGCUGCGUGGCGAAUUCUCCGGGGUUGAGGGGCGGAGUCCUAAUUUGGCCGGGGCUCGAGUCAAACCCUCUCCCAAUCGGCCGCGAUCGGCGGACCAGCCGCGCCGUUGAGAGCCCAGAUCACCGUCGGGAAUUCACAGAAAGAGGGGGCGAACCAAAGCGACUCCUUCCUGGUUGAGAAUCACAGCGAGAGAGAGAGAGAGAGAGAGAGAGAGAGAGAGAACGGGUACCUGUUGAGAAAGAAGCGGGUGAUCGCCGGAUGAUUGAGGGGAGAGGGGGAGUUCGGGCUGAAGAGGAGAUCUGCCUUCUUCUUCUUCUUCCUCUUCCCCUUCUUCACGGGAUGGCCAGCCAGAACACGGGUUUGCGAGGGGGAAACAGGAGGGAACCCUGUGUGGGGACCCCCGGCUGAACAGGCGGCGGCUGGAGAAUUCGCUCAAUCGUUCUCUUCCUACUUCUCUGUCCUCUUCCGCCGAGCCCUCGCUUUUUAUCCGAUCCUCCGUCCGCAGAGGAUCCUCCGGAUUGACAGUCCCCGCCGCCGUUCAAUCUCUGAUUCGGAUUACGGGGGACUAAGAAGAGAGCCCUAAUCCAGCUAUUUCCUUCUCUCCCCACUCAUUCCAUGAGCAGGAGAACUAAUCUAGCCACAGAAAGAUUGAGAGAGAUUGAGAGAGAGAGGGCUGAAUCGGCGGAGGGAAUUCCUUCAUGCUGGGUUCUUCCUCCAGAGAGAAUACCUAAAACCAGAGAGAAGCCUGCACGCUACGGCAGCUCGCGGGGAGAAGGUCUACUACCCAUGGCGUGAACCCGAAGAGCCCUGUCGGAGCAGAUAUUAAUGGCCGAUUGAAUAAAUUAAUCUACGCAACCGAGGGGAGCUCCGAGGCGUGGCUGCUUGCCCUCCACCGUUCCGAGGAGCCGGGCGCUGAUUUGGCCCCGCCCGCUGACGAACCCUCCUCGACUCGCCGCCGUGCGCGUGGCCGUCGUCGGUGUCUGAUCUUCCUCCUCCACCCUGACCAGCCAUUUUUAAAAUUUCAGGGAAAUGAAAUAUUAUAUAUAUAAUAAAUAAAUAUAUCCCCUCGUUAUGUGGUUAUUUUGCGUGUAUAUAUCGAGCCUGGGAAUUCCCUCAUUUAUUUUUUGAUAGCACGAUUUUCUCAAGGGUCAGGCGAAUUGGGUCAACCGCAAGCAUCGUCGGUCGCGUCGGCUCAGAUUCCCACACAGGUCAACUCAACUGCUAAUCGGAUCAAUCUCGACCGCUAGAUCCGCGGCCCCGAUUGACAGAUAGAUCCUAUGAUCGCCGUUCGUUACAGAUCAUAUGACGGCCCCCAUGGGUACAGUGGACCCAAUGGUUCGCCGGCCCCAGCCUCCCUAGCUGGAUGAGAUGGACGGACAGGCGUCCUUGACGGGUCAAAGACCGACGGCGGGGAGAGGAGCCGUGGGAAUGUCGGCUUGUCUCUCGUGCCGCGCCGCCGACCGAGUCGUAUAGUUUUGAGACCGGUUGGCCAGGUCGGAUCGGCGGCGGCGCCGGGCCCCCGGCCAGAUGGCGGCACGGCUUCGAUCCCCUAUUCCGUCACGUGUGACUUUGUCCUGGAAGAAUGUUGUCGUUGCCUGAAAUCUCCAGAAAUAUUCGGCCCUCGACUGCUCGACGUAAAUCCAACCGUUCGUUCAUCACGCCGCUGUCAAAUCAAUGAUUUUUAUUUAAAAUAAACAGAAUAAAUUAUUUAAAUGUGGGGCCCGGCGCUUGUGGUCGUUGCAGUUGGUGGACCGAGCAAUAUUUAAUAUUUUAAAUAAAACAUGGUGGAUAUAGCGAUGACGUGGCCCGAUCGUCGUCAACGGUCGUCCUGGUUUAAGCCUAAUAAUAAAUAAUAAUAAUAAACGGGUUUAGGCAUUUUUUAUUUUUAUAAUUCUGAAUCGGCGCGCUUGUUGAACGGUGCCAGCGGGGAGUCCACGUCGGAACUUGUCCGUGGGUGACAUGUCCUUCUAGGAGCCGCGGGAAUUUUUUUAUAUGGCUGUGACGUCCUGCUUUGUUGACGUGUUCGCGCCGGGGCUUUAUGGAUUAUGGAGAUAUUGGGCAGGCCCAUUGUAGUAAAGUGAGGCCCAAACGUAUGGCCUGUCGAAGGAUUUCUUCUGUUCGCCGGCCCAGUUUAGGCGUCCCUGGGCCGUUUUGUCCUGUGGGCAAGUGACCCCAGAGGCCCAACUAAGCGGGGAGAGAGAGAGCGCGAGAGAGAGCGAGGGAGAGAGAACGAGAGAGAGAGAGAGAGCGAGAGAGAGAGAGAGAGAGAGAGAGAGAGAGAGAGAGAGAGAGAGAGAGAGAGAGAGAGAGAGAGAGAGAGAGAGCGAGAGCGAGAGAGAGAGAGCGAGCGAGAGAAGUAUACUUCAUAUUCCAUAUUGUUUGGAUCGUGCAUACACAGGGAGAAGAUGGAAAGUCUCGCCAGGGGAGGAGCGGAGGUGGAAGAGGAAAGGGGAAGGGGAAAACGAGCUGGUGGCCCUCCGCUCUCUCUCCUUAUCUCUUCCACAAGCUCUCCUCCUCUCCAUCAGUCAGUGAGGGAUAGGGGAGGGUUGCCGCCGGCGAUCGGGCGGCACCGCCGGGCCGGACCAGACGAUGACCCUCCAGAAGGGCCGCCGGCGCCUGGCCGCGUGAGCGGAGAGCUCCAUCUCCGACCGCAGCAUCUCCCACAUCACCUGCACGUCCUCGUAGCCGCACAUCUGCACGUCGUUGUGGAGCUUCAUUAUCCCCGCCACUGCAACACAUAAAAAGAGGGAGAGAGAGAUACAGAGAGAGUUAGAGGAGGAGGCUUUCAUGGCGCCGACCGCGGAAGAAGAAAACCCGGGAUGAUGUCUCAAAGAAAGGGGCCCAAACGCGGAGGAGGGGGACGGAGGACUCACUGGACUUCCGGCGAGCCUCGACGCGGGAGGUGACGAAGACCCAGGCCCGUUUGACGGGGAGCGUCACCUUCUCCCACCAGUCGAUCACCCGGACCGUCUUCUUCUUCCUCCCCAUCACUCCAAUCUGCGCCGCAGCCGCCGUCGCCGCCCCCUUCCUCUCCCACGCCACCCCCAUCUCCCCUCCUCCCGGUGAACAACAGUUGGAGAGGAGAAGGAGAAGAGCAGUAG